AUGCGCGUCCUCGCGUUAUCCAUGGCUGCUCGCACCGCCAUCGUCACUGCGGCCGCGGGUUCCCUUACCGCCAACGCCGCCGCUGCUCCUCCUUCCGCUGCUGCCUCCGCGAAACCCUCCAAUUCGCCCGUUGGUACUCCCGGUGCCUCCCUGAAGUCCUCCAAUCUCUCCGCUGCAUCCCUGCAACAGUCGAGUUCGCUACUGCCCUCCCAGUCAUUCCAGCAGCAGCAGCCACAGCAGGAGCUCGGAGGCAGGUGGAGAGAAGAUAGGAGGGGGGAGCAACAGGAUGCCGUGGGCAUGAGAGGUUGGAAUGAAGCACCUGAAGCAGCACUCUUGGGGAUGCGAGGUUUGAUGGCGGCACCGCAACACAUGGAAAUGAGAGCGUCAGUUGAAGCGCCUCAAACAAUAGGCGUGGGUGCGAGAGGGUCUUUUGAGGCGCCGCAAACCACAGCGGUGGGGACGAGAGGGCCGCUGCAGCAGAAGCUGGGGUGGGAGGCGGAUGGCAGGGGGCGCGGGGGGAGAGGCGGGGGGCGGGGGAUGGGCAUGGGCGGGCGGACAGGCAGGGAGAUGCCACUGGGGGUGGCGAGCGCGGUGAGGGGAGGGGGAGGGGAGCCGGCAGGGGGAUGGGGAGGUGGGGGAGGUGGGGGAGGGGAGGGGGAGGGUGGGUGGGGAGAAGCUAUGCGGGGGAGCGGAGGGAACAGUUUGGGAGGAUGGGAUGCAGGGCAGGCACGCGGGGGAGUGGGGGAAAGAAGAGGGCAGAGGGGAGGGGAGAGGGGAGGGGAGAGGGGAGGGGAGAGGGGAGGGGAGAGGGGGGAAGACUGGGUUGCAGAGCGAGGAGGAGGGAGGGGGGAAAGAGGGAGUGGCGGAGGUGGCGGAGGUGGCGGAAUGCGCGAGCGGAGUGGAAGGGAAAGGGGGGAAUGGGACUAUAACGAUGGGAAUUUGACUGAUGGGCAGGGCGUUUGGAAUGCGGAUAGUGACGAGGGCUGGGAUAGGGAAGGAAGGGAGGGGUUUGGGCAGGGAGAGGGAGGGGUAAGGGGCGAGGGAUUGAGAGGACAGGGGGAAAGGAGAGAGAAUUUAUUAUGGAGAGGAGAUGGGCAGGCGAGUGGUGAAUAUAACGAGGGGAGGGUUGGGAGGGUGGGGGGAUUGGGAAGGGAUGGUGGUGUCUGGGGACGAGGAGCAGGCGAGCAGUCUGGUGUGAGGGGCGGGGAGAGGGAAGGGAUAGGGGGGGAGGGGCAGUGGAGGGGCGGGGAGAGGGAAGGGAGAGGGGGGAAGGGGCAGUGGAGGGGCGGUGGGGAGGGAUGGAGGGAGGCAGGGGAGGGAGGGCGAGCAGGAGGUGAGCAGUGGGUGGGGAGGGCAAGCGGGGACGAUGGGGGAGGUGAUGCUGUGGCACGUGGGGGCGAGUAUGGUGGAGGUAAUUAUGGGGGGAGUGAUAGUAGGAGAGGCGAGGGAGAGAGAGGGGGGCGAGGGUGGGGGGGUGCUGGCGAGGAGGGGAGAGAUGAGAUGCCAUUCCGGGUUGGGGGGGGGAGUGGUGUUGGUGGGAGGGAGUUGGUUGGGCGAGUGGGAGAGAUGGACGGCGGUAGAGGAGAGGGUAGGAGAGUGGAGGGAGAGGAGGAAUCAUGGGAGACAAACGCUUUGCGGCAACAGCAGCAUAUGAAUGAGCAGCAGCGAGGAUCACUGGAAAAAUCACCAAGUGCAUGGGGUGAUGCUGGUGGUGGUGGAAUGGCUGGUGGUGGUGGCGGGGGUGGUGAUGUGGUUGACAGUAGAUCAGUGAGGGGCACGGAUCAGAAUGCACGGCUUGACAGCACAGCAGCCAGGCCAGGUUCUCCCUCGUCCAACCCCAGAAGUACCACCACCACCAACAGUAACACCAGCAGCAGCAACAGCAGCAACCUCAGUGGCAGCACCACCCCAACCACUGCAACCACCCCAACCACUGCAACCGCUGCCCCCUCCGACCCCGGUACAUCGCUCUCCAUGCGAGAGCGCUUCAACCAGUACAUGUCCGAAGGCCAAACGCUCCUGCAGGAGGGCCGUGGCGGGCUGCAGGGGCGCAUAGAGAUUGGCAUGGCGGAGGCCUUCCUGGAGCGCGCCACUGCGCUGUUUGAGCGUGCGUGCCAGCUGGACCCGGUGAGCGUGGCGGCCGUGGGGCAGCUGGGGAACGCGCUGCUGGCGCACGGCGAGGUGAAGCUAAGAACCGUGCAGCUGCUGCGGGGACAGUCGCCGCUGGCAGGGCUGCUGGGAGGGGCCGGUGGGGCGAGGGGCGAGGGCGCGGGGGGGUUGGCGGCGGUGCAGCAGGAGCAGGUGGGUCGGGAGGCGGCGGCAGUGAUGGAUCGGCUGGCGGAUGAGUGCGAGCAGCUGCUGGUGCAGGCCGGUCGGCAGUACCGCCAGGCGCUCAGCAUGGAUAGGAGAGAUGCCCGCGCGCUCUUCAAUUGGGGGCUGGCGCUGUGUUAUCGCGGGCAGCUCGUGGCUGAGGAGGCUGGGGACAAUGAGGAGUACAAGGCGCUAGCAGACCGCAUGUUCUGUGCAGCCAUUGACAAGUUUGAAGCAAUGCUCUCCAUGACCGACCGCUGGCACGCCAGUGCCCUCCUCAACUGGGCACUGGCCCUUAGGGACCGUUCACGCCUUGAGUUCUCUCCCUCCCCUUCUCCCAUGCUUCCUCCCACUGCCAUUUCAUCCCCCACUUGCAUCUCCCCUCCAUCCAGCUCUCCUCAACUGGGCGCUGGCCCUCAUGGACCACUCGUGCCUUUAGUUGUCUCCCUCACCUUAUCCCAACCUCUCUCCCACUGCCAUUCCCCCACCCCUCUGGCAUCCCCCCUCACUCCAGCUCUCCUCAACUGGGCGCUGGCUCUCAGGGACCGCUCGCGCCUGCGCCCCCUCUCCUCCGUUUCCCGCCUGCGCUUAACCCAGGAGGCCCUGCAGCUGCUAAGGCAGGCCGCUAAGAGAGACUCUCCGCUAAGCGACGGAUCCCCCAGGGACCCGACGUUUUCGGAGGUUCGGAAUGCACUGGUGCUGUGCGAAGCUGAGGUGGCGAAGCUGAAGGAAAUGGUGUCGGCGCCAUUGAUAAAGAACAUCCUGCUACUGGAUUCAGAAGGGAAGCGAGUAGCGGUGAAGUACUAUUCGGACGAUUGGCCCACUCUCGCAGCCAAGCUAAAUUUUGAGAAGUCGCUUCUGAGCAAAACACAACGCGCCAAUGCCAGAGCAGAAGCGGAGAUCGGCAUAUUCGAGGGGUUCAUCGUGGUGUACAGGUUUAUCGCGGAUCUGCACUUCUACGUGACGGGCGGCGAGGACGAGAACGAGCUCAUCCUCUCCACCGUCCUCACCGCCUUCUUCGAAGCCGUCUCGCAUCUCCUCAGGGGCAACGUGGAGAAGAAGACGGUGCUGGAGAACCUCGACCUCGUGCUGCUGUGCCUUGACGAGCUCGUCGACGGCGGGGUGAUUCUGGAGACGGAGCCCACAGUGAUCGCCAACAGAGUCGCCAUGCGAGGAGCCGAUGCCGACCUGCCUCUCUCUGAACAGACCAUUUCCCAAGCCUUGGCAACAGCAAAAGAUCAUCUUGCCCGCUCGUUGCUCAAAUGA